UUCAAGGCCACGUCUAAUAAACCGAUCCUUGAAAAAGAACAAUUGCAAAAGUAGUUCCCGACGUUUCUGCAAAAUGCAUGCGACCGUGCUUCCUCCUUUAUUAUUCAAUCUAUCGCCAGGUAUUUACCAGGUCACAAUAUUCGUGACUAAUGCAAUUUAUUGGCGAUAUGUUGUCUAGCCACCGCCUACGUACGAGUCCGCUUCACGCGCAAAUAUUAUCCCGAUCUUUCACUUAAAAUAUGCGUCGCGAUUAUUUGCACCGAGCGAAGACUCUGCUCUUUGAUAAGUUUAACAAUGCCUGUCCGUGAUUCUAUAAUUUAACAAGGGAAUUUAACGUCGGUUCAGUUUUCCUAGAAGCAGCAGCUUGGUCUGAUCUCGAGUUACUUAUCUCUCCUCGAAAUCGUUAUCUCUUGUUGACAAAAUUUGAAUCGGAUGAUAAAGGACUAAUGCCUGAGCCAACAUCUAUCGCUAUCACAUGCUCCGACGUUAAGUUCUUAUCCCGUGUGCACAGUGCAAAUGUAAUGUCGCGAAUCAACGGUUCCACGCGCGUCGAGAUCAAAGAUCGUUCCCACAGGGAACCGCGUCUCCCAUCGCGGAUCCCACGGAAAACACAAGUCACCUGCACACAGAAUCGCCCCAGGCUUAUGUAAUCUAAUGAAAUCCCGGCGCUAGUAUAGAUCCAUUUCGCACUAUAUUGCACGAAGAUGACCUAUGCGCGAACAAGACAAAUUCCGUUUACGUUCGUUCACGCUAGUAUCGCGCGAGGAACUUUUCGCCGAUGUGGCUCGCGAUUUCUCGUUGUGUUACAUACGUUAUUACCAUUUUCACGUUUUUAUCGCGUGCGCAUUUGUUCGUUACAAAAAUAAAAUGAACCGUUUAUCCGACCGUUUAGGCAACGCGUGCGACAAAUACUAUUAGGCAACGUACAAUUAAUUUUUCCGCGACGACAGCGAGGCAGGAAAAGCGCAUUUUACCGAUUGCAUCGGGCCUACGGUGAAGAAUAGAGUUACGUAAGGAUUAUGUGACUGCAGAUGAAUGGCACAAUAGAUUAUCCGAACGUCCGAUAUGAGUACAGGCGGAAACACGUUCUCCGGGAGAAGAUGACCCCACGUCGUCGCGUCUUGGCAGGAAUUCGCCGUGCUAUUUUUGCCGCUGGUGUCCUGGCGCUCGUCGUCCUGGUACUGUCGGGCCAGGAUGGCACCAACACCCUGCAGCACGGCAAUUCGCUGGAGGACGCGAAUCUGACGCCGGAGGAGAAAAUAUUGGAGCAGAUCACGACGGCGGAAACCGAGCAACGUCUGACGACCAGGCGGAAAUUUCUGGCGGAGAAGUGCGCCGAGGAGGGACUCGAUCGUCCUGGCAACGACUCGCUUCACAGGCCGAACGCCUGGGAGUUUCUUGUAAAUAGGGAAUACCACCUUAUAUGGUGCAACGUAUUCAAAGCAGCGUCCACGUCGUGGAUGUACAAUUUUAAUUUACUCGCGGGGUACAGCCCGCAAUUUCUGAAAGCCUCUAAAGCAGUGCCGGUCUCGCUAGCGAGACAGAGAUAUCCCAGACACAGCGCGGAGGAGCUGGCUAAAUAUCUCAACGACAGCAUCAGCUUUUUGAUAGUGCGGCAUCCCUUCGAAAGACUGCUCAGCGCCUAUCGGGACAAGUUGGAGCACAGUCUGCCGCACACAUUUCACAGCAACCUCGGUGCACACAUAGUUUGGCACUACAGGGCGAGGGAUUCGAAGACGACUACGAGACAAGGGCCGAGAUACCCGCUCUUCGAGGAAUUCGUGCGAUGGCUGUUAUGCCAGUGGAGGGCGGGAAACGAACUCGACAUGCACUGGACACCGGUUGUUAACUUCUGCACACCCUGCCAAGUGCGAUUCGACGUGAUAGCUAAAUUCGAGACGCUGCACGACGACCAAGACUAUCUCAUAAAGCAAGCUCGCGUGGGGCACAUCAUCAAACCCGAGUGGAAAAAUCCUACUAAAGGCGUCCAAACGAAAGACGUUAUAAAAAAUUAUUUCACGCAGUUAUCCAAGACGCAGAUCGAGGAGCUCUACGAGAUGUUCAGGUAUGACUUCGUGCUCUUCGAUUAUUCGCCAGAGGAGUACUUGGCGUUCGGCAGGGACGAGAUCACUACGCUAACGUGCAAAAAGUGAUCCCGGCGUCUCUCGUCUACGCUCGGGACGUGUGCGAGAAUCGUGCGAGAUGGAACGAGUCGUGUGACACACAACGAAACCGUAGCUAGCGCUUAAAUGAAUUCGGAGGGGCAGCAAGUAUGAUACUCGAUAUGUAUAUAGCGGCAUAUUUCUUAUGUCGGGACUUGGAAAAGUGGAGGACCGUGUCCAGGAUUUUGUAACUUGCAUAUAUAAACUGCGUUGUCAUAUUGAACAUUUUGAUAGUGCAUAUGUUAAAGUUUAUCGAAUUGUUAUACCGAAUCGGAGGACGAGGACACGAUGGGAGAUUUAUGAUAAAUAACGUCUCGCAGAUAUGAACGUACAGUUCGUUGCUUGCGUACUUAAAAACUGUUAAACUGAAUUUUUACAAAUUUACGGCUUGGAAGGAAGCUUUCUGAUCAUUCGAAACUCUCGCUCUCUCUUUCUCUCUCUCUCAAUUAUCUUCCGUUUUAUUGACGUACGAUCUAGAUUGCGUUAGAUCCCGUUAGUACUAAAGGUUUGCUUCCAGCGGAAGUGCAAUAAGAGCAAUUCACUUAAGAGAAAAAUCUAGAUAGAUUGAAAGAAUUUUAGUAUCGCGACGCGCGCGUGAUUGGAGAGAAUUUGUGAUAGCCUCAGUUUUGCGCGAUGCAACAAGCGUAAUCUAAGUACACCACCGAAGUUGUCCCCGACGGCUGCACAAUAAUCUUUGUAAGCAUAAAUGUAGCAUCACCGUAACGAUGGUAAAUAGUACUGCCUCAAGGAAACAUGGUGCAAAAUAUUAAGGUAACUAACUUGUCACAGCAACAUCACUUUAAGAUGCAAACACUUUUGUAGAGAGUUACGUUGUCCCGAGAAAUGACGAAGACGAUGCACUUCCGAGUAAGGCAUCGAGUCAAUCAGCAGCUAUAUUUGCAUACGUUUCACCGCAGUAGAGUUCGGUAUCGAGAUAAUUGGACAUUUAAGUAUCCAGCGAAAUGAAUAUUUUGUCCGCGUGAUCGAUCGACAAUUGUAUUUGAAUAAAAGGUAUCUCGGCGUUGCGAAUUUCUAUACUCGCAAAGUAAACCACGCCGUUGAAUAAAGAGUCAUUUAUACGAUA